AUGUCUAAUCAAGUAGCUCAAUUUGUGGCUGGUCUGAAAUCACGAAAUGUAGAUGCACAAAUAAAAACUGCCCGUGAAUUAUAUCAUUAUGCAAAGACCGAACUACGAGAGGUACCUCAAGAAGAACUUACCCAGUUCCUCGAUGAAUUUAACCAUCAAAUUUUUGAAAUGGUAUCCAGCAAUGAUGUCCAUGAAAAGAAAGGAGGAGUGUUAGCAAUUGUUUGUCUUAUUGGAGGUGACUGUGAUACAACAAAAACAAGAAUAACUAGAUUUGCCAACUAUCUGAGAAAUCUACUCCCAUCAUCUGAUGUGGGUGUUAUGGAAUUAGCAGCUAAGACUGUUGGCCGCCUUGCUAUUGUAUCUGGUGUAAAGAGGGCUGAAUAUGUAGAAUUUGAGGUUAAGAGGGCAUUUGAAUGGUUAUCAGAAGAACGAAAUGAAGGUAGACGCCAUUCAGCUGUGUUGCUACUUAAGGAACUUGCUAUUGCUGUCCCCACAUACUUUUAUCAACAAGUUUCUGGUUUUUUUGAUCAUAUACUGGUUGCAUUAAAAGACCCAAAACCCCAAAUAAGAGAAGCAGCUGCUAAAGCCCUAAGAGCUGGUCUUGUUGUUACUGCACAAAGAGAAACAGCUAAACAAUCAACUGCUAAACCUCAAUGGUACAUGCAGUGCUAUGAAGAUGCUAUGGCAUCAUUUGAAGAUAUUCCAUUAAAAGAAAAAGGGAUUACCCGGGAAGACAGAGUUCAUGGUGGUCUACUUAUUUUAAAUGAACUUCUGCGAUGCUCAAAUACUACUUGGGAAAAAAAGUAUACAUAUCUUAUGAGAAGUUUAGAUACACAGAAGGAUAUAACUGUCUCUGAUGAUAUUAUAUUCAUCAGCAGUAAACUUCAUAGUCCAUCAGUGAAAAGAGGAUAUUUAUGUGAUGGGUUUAAAACAGAAAACAUCCAAUAUCCUGUUCCUAUUUAUGAAUCAGAAGUAUGCCACAGACUCUUAACUGAAAAAUUUGAAAGAAUAUGUCAAGAUGUUAUGAUGAACCGCAUGCUAAAAAUACAAGGGGUCCCCCAAAUAUUACUUAUCAUUAUUCCAAGACUUGCAGCUUUCAAUAAAGAAUAUUUUUGUAAAAAAUAUUUAGGAAUCACUAUGCACUACUUACUUUCGUCAUUACGUGGUCGAGAAAAAGAUAAAAACAUGGCAUUUACCACAUUGGGACUUAUAGCAGCAGCAAUCGGAAAUGAUAUCCAAAACUACAUACCUAAAAUUAUGGAAGUUAUAAAACAAGCAUUGCCUGUAAGGGACAUCCAAAGCAAAAAAAGAAUGUGGGUGGACCCAUCUAUUUUUGCUUGUAUCACUCUCUUAGGAAGUGCUGUCAAAGAUCUUGUAGUGACUGAUAUUCGAGAACUGUUAGAUGCUAUGUUUGCCACUGGCUUGAGUCCAUUCUUAACUGUAUGUCUCAAUGAAUUGAGCCAAAAUCUACCAUCACUAAGACAAGAAAUAUCGGAAGGACUUUUGAACAUGUUGUCACUAGUAUUGAGAAACAAACCAUUCUUGCAUCCUGGUGUUCCUAGAAGUUUAGAGCAACAAAUGAGUAACAUGAAUAUUGUGAUUGAGCCACAAGAUACUGCAAGUAUUGUGCUGGCAUUGCAAACCCUAGAAACAUUCCAAUUUGAAGGUGAACACAGCUUACUUAUGUUUGUUAGACGUUGUGCAGAUCAUUUUCUUCAAAGUGAACAUCAAGAGAUAAGACUAGAAGCAGUUAAAACUGCUGCAAAAUUAUUGGCUGAUGCUACAGUUAGAACCAAGAAAACUCCAUCAAGAACUCUUACCAUGUUAACUGCUGAGGUUAUAGGGAAAUUGCUAGUAGUUGCUGUAACUGAUCCUGAUUAUGAAGUUCGCUACUGGGUCUUAGAAUCCCUUUAUGAUAUAUUUGAUACACAUUUAGCUCAAAUUGAAAAUUUAAGCUUUUUAUUUAUUGCUAUGAAUGAUGAGCACCUUGAAAUUCGCGAACUUGCCAUCUGUACUGUUGGACGUCUUAGUACUGUGAAUCCUGCAUAUGUAAUGCCUGGGUUAAGAAAAACUCUGAUACAAUUUUUGACAGAAUUAGAACACUCAGGAAUGAGCAGGAAUAAAGAACAGGCUGCCAGAAUGUUAGAUAAUCUUAUAUUACAUGCUCCUAAGUUAGUCAAACCUUAUAUGGAAACAAUACUAAAUGUAUUGGUUCCAAAACUAAAAGAAUCAGAUUCCAAUCCUGGAGUGGUCAUCAGUGUUUUAAAAGCAGUAGGUGAUUUGGCCGAUGUUCAUGGAGAUAAUACUGGUCUUAAAAAAUGUUUGCCUGAGCUUCUUACAAUUCUUCUAGAACUGUUAUCUGAUGCCAGUGCCACAGAUAAAAGAAGUGUAGCACUUUGGGCAUUUGGUCAGCUUAUAAGCGCUACAGGAUAUGUUGUCACCCCUUAUACAGAGUUUCCCAAUCUAAUGGAUGUGCUAUUGAAUUUCUUGAAAACUGAACAACAACCUAAGGAUAGACGUGAGACCAUACGUGUCUUGGGUCUCCUAGGGGCUUUAGAUCCCUAUAAGCAUAAAAUGACAAGAGGAUUAAGAAUUGAUGGACAACCAGACUCAAGCUUAGUACCAGUAGCUGACAGUAAAGCUGAGGAGAAUAAUUUUGAUAUGACUACAAGUGAAAUGCUAGUCAAUAUGUCGUCGCCUGUGCUAGAUGAAUAUUAUCCAGCGAUAGUUAUAUCGACACUUAUGCGUAUAUUGCGAGAUCCUACUCUACAACAGCAUCACACCAGUGUUGUUCAAGCUGUCACUGUUAUAUUUCAGUCUCUUGGUAUCAAGUGUGUGCCUUAUAUAUCGCGGGUAACACCAAGUUUACUCUAUGUUGCUCGGGCCACAGACAGUAACAGUUUCCGUGAAUUCCUUUUUACUCAACUGGCGAAAUUGAUUGCAAUUGUGAAACAACAUAUACGUAACUACCUUGAUAAAAUCUUUGAUCUUAUAAAGGAAUUCUGGACACCAAACAGCCCUUUGCAGCAUACACUGAUACUGUUAGUGGAACAUAUUGCUAUAGCAUUGGGUUCAGAAUUCAAAGUGUAUUUACCCCAGUUGAUGCCGCAAAUAUUACGUGUUCUCGCUCACGAUACCAGCAAAGACAGGUUUGUUACAGAAAAGCUACUAUUUGCUUUGCAAAAAUUUGAAGACAAUUUGGAUGAUUAUAUGCAUUUAGUUAUACCAUCAAUAGUCAAAUUGUUUGACGCUACUGACUGUCCUAUCAGUGUAGCAAAAGUUGCUAUGGAAACAGUGGACUAUUUGUCUGAUUCACUGAAUUAUAGUGAGUUAGUCUCUAGAAUAAUUCAUCCUCUGGUGAGAAGUUUAGACACCUGUCCAUCUUUAAGAGUUACGGCUAUGGAUACUUUAUGUGCUCUGAUUGUACAACUAGGCCGCAAAUAUAAUGACUUUAUACCACUAGUGCAGAAAGUAAUUAUAAAGCAUCGAAUACAAUAUCCGAAAUAUGAACAAAUAUUGACUAAAUUGCAAUCAAGUCAAACACUUGCACUUGACGAAUUCUUACAAAGCAGCAGAAGAAAACCAAGGAACAAUAAUCAGGAGUUGUGCGUCAACGCUCACAACUUAAAGUUGGCUUGGACUGUUAGCAGCCGGGUCUCCAAGGAUGACUGGCUUGAGUGGCUACGUCGGUUCAGUAUCGGCUUGCUCACAGAGUCGCAUAGUCCGGCACUCAGGGCGUGCUUGGCGCUGGCGCACAACUACUCGCAGCUGGUGCGCGACCUGUUCAACGCGGCGUUCGUGUCGUGCUGGAGCGAGCUGGAGGAGGGCAGCCGCGGCGAGCUGGCGGCCGCGCUGCAGCAGGCGCUGACGGCGCCCGACGCGCCCGAGCUGGCGCACGCCGUGCUCAACCUCGCGGAGUUCAUGGAGCACUGCGACGCCGGCGCGCUGCCCAUCUCCGCGCACCUGCUCGGCGAGAGGGCCAUGCACUGCAGGGCCUACGCCAAGGCUCUCCACUACAAGGAAGAAGAAUUUCGAAACGGCGCAACGUCGCAAGUCGUGGAAGCGCUUAUUCAUAUAAAUAACAAGUUACAGCAGAAAGAAGCUGCGGAAGGUUUGCUUGAAAGAGUAAUGGCUCAACGUGAAGCGGGAGACGCCGAUUUAAAAGUACAAAUACGAUGGUACGAGAAAUUACAUAACUGGGAAAAAGCUCUUAAUCUUUACGGCGAAAAGCUGUCUAUUGAACCUAAUAACAUGGACGCAUACCUUGGGGAAUUACGCUGCUACGAAUCUCUAGGUGAAUGGAUUAAGUUAUAUGAUACAGUAUCCGAACGUUGGCCAAACUUGAAUAAUGAUGAGAAAUUUAAAACGGCAAGACUAGCGGCAGCUGCUGCUUGGGGUCUUAAAGAAUGGGAAUCAAUGUCUAAAUAUGUAAACUUUUUGCCAGAGAAUACACAAGACGGCGCCUUUUUUAGAGCUGUUCUCAGUAUUCAUAAUGGCGAGUUUGAUGUGUCCAAGCAAUUCAUAGAUCAAGCUCGAACUUUACUGGAUUCCGAAUUGACCGCCGUGGCUGGAGAAAGUUACCAAAGGGCUUACGGAGCGUUAGUCAAUGCUCAACUUUUAGCAGAAUUAGAAGAAGUUAUUACAUAUAAAUUAGUAAGUGAACGAAGAGAGUCUAUUCGUCAAGCUUGGUGGACUAGACUCCAGGGUGGACAACGAUUGGUUGAAGAUUGGCGUAAAAUACUUCAGGUACGAGGUUUGGUAUUAACACCUCAAGAGGACAUGACAACUUGGCUCAAAUUUGCUUCACUUUGCCGAAAAAGUGGUGCUCCAGGACAAGCUCACAGUACGUUAGUUAUGUUAUUAGGAAUUGAUCCAAGUCAAAAUAGGGAUCAACCUCUUCCAACUCAUGAGCCAAGAUUAACUCUUGCAUACGCAAAACAUUUAUGGGCAGCAGGCGAUAGACAAUUGGCUUAUGAUCAGCUACAGAGGUAUGUAAACCCCAUGGAUUAUAGUGAAGCUGAACGUCGGUUAGUUGCACGUUGCCAUUUGAAAUUGGGAUCAUGGUGUGAAUCUCUACUCGGAAUCAAUAUACAAUCAAUACCACAAAUCCUACGCAACUAUGCGUCGGCUACAGAAUUGGCACCUGAUUGGUAUAAAGCAUGGCAUGCAUGGGCCUACAUGAACUUUGAAACUGUUUUGUUUUACAAACAUCAAGAGACAAAUAGCGACAAUGCAAACCAAGCUGAAAAGAAACCAACUCCAGAAUGUAUUCAACAGCACACAGUUCCAGCAGUUGAAGGUUUCUUCAAGUCGAUUAAUCUUUCUCAUGGAAGUUCCCUUCAAGAUACAUUAAGAUUAUUGACAUUGUGGUUCGAUUAUGGUCACUACUCUGCUGUACAUGAAGCACUUGUAGAGGGUAUUAGGACAAUCGAAAUUAAUGUUUGGCUGCAAGUUAUACCGCAAUUAAUAGCUAGAAUUGACACUCCCAGGGCUUUAGUAGGAAAGUUGAUUCACUCCUUGUUGAUAGAUAUAGGUAAAUCGCAUCCUCAAGCACUUGUCUAUCCAUUAACUGUAGCUUCAAAAUCAUCUUUUGUGGCUCGAAAGAAUGCAGCUAACCAGGUUUUAAAGUCAAUGUGCACUCAUUCAAGUAAACUAGUCAACCAGGCAGCUAUGAUAUCAGAAGAAUUAAUCAGAGUAGCCAUAUUGUGGCAUGAACAGUGGCACGAGGCAUUAGAGGAAGCUUCCAGAUUGUACUUCAGUGAGCGUGAUGUGAAGGCGAUGUUCAAAACUUUGGAACCUCUACAUGCGAUGCUAGAAAGAGGCCCGCAGACACUAAAAGAGGUGUCGUUCAGUCAGGCUUACGGGAGAGAUCUGAGCGAUGCUCAAGAAUGGUGCAACCGAUUCAAGGAGUCGGGCUCUGUGCGGGACCUGACGCAGGCGUGGGACCUGUACUACCACGUGUUCCGGCGCAUCAGCCGGCAGCUGCCGCAGCUGACGUCACUGGAGCUGCAGUACGUGAGCCCGCGGCUGCUGGGCUGCCGCGAUCUGGAGCUGGCGGUGCCCGGCUCCUACGUGCCCGACCAGGACCUCAUCCGCAUCGCGCACAUACAGAGCAGCCUGCAGGUGAUAACAUCAAAACAACGUCCCCGCCGACUGUGUAUUCGCGGCUCGAAUGGUAAAGACUACAUGUUUCUACUGAAGGGUCACGAGGACCUCCGUCAGGACGAACGGGUGAUGCAGUUAUUCGGACUUGUGAACACUCUACUGCAGGCCGACCCAGACACCUUCCGCCGCGAUCUUGCCAUACAACGAUACGCCGUUAUACCACUCUCUACCAACUCUGGCCUCAUUGGAUGGGUGCCACACUGUGACACGUUGCAUUCCCUAAUAAGGGAUUAUAGGGAAAAGAGGAAAUGUUUGCUAAAUAUAGAACAUAGAAUCAUGCAGCGAAUGGCUUCGGAUUUGGAUAGAUUGAUGUUAAUGCAAAAGGUGGAAGUCUUCGAACACGCUCUAGAACACACGGCCGGCGACGAUUUAGCCAAGUUGCUAUGGCUCAAAAGUCCAUCAUCUGAGGUUUGGUUUGAGCGGCGUACAAACUACACUCGCUCGUUGGCCGUUAUGAGCAUGGUAGGCUACAUCCUGGGCCUCGGAGAUAGGCACCCCUCCAACAUCAUGCUGGACAGAGUCACCGGGAAAUUCUUGCAUAUUGACUUCGGAGACUGUUUCGAAGUGGCUGUAACUAGAGAUAAAUUUCCAGAGAAAAUACCAUUUAGACUUACAAGAAUGCUUAUUAAUGCUAUGGAGGUAACGGGCAUCGAAGGAACAUAUCGGCGUACAUGCGAGUCGGUGAUGGAAGUACUCCACCGACACAAGGACAGCGUGAUGGCCGUGUUAGAGGCGUUCGUGUACGACCCUCUGCUCAACUGGCGGCUGAUAGACGCCGUGCGAAGAUCGCGCGCUGACGCCGACGUGUGCUCGUCGUCGGACGCCGCCUCGCCCCCCAGCCGCGGCCGCCCGUCCGCCCCCGCAGCCAGCGAGCUCGUCCCCCUGGCCCCCCUCGCCCCCCUCGGACCCCUCGCGACCCACGCGCCCCCACUCGACACGCUCGAGCCCCCCGACCCCCCAGCCGAGACCAACCUCAACAAGCGAGCGCUGGCCAUCGUCAACCGAGUGCGGGACAAACUCACCGGCCGCGACUUCCCCCACAUCGACGAAAUUGUCACAGUACAAAAGCAAGUUGACCUUCUAAUUCAGCAGGCGACGAGCAAUGAAAAUCUGUGCCAGUGUUAUGUUGGGUGGUGUCCGUUUUGGUAAUUUCGAAUCUUGCUUUAAUGCAUAUGCAUGUGUAGUCAUAGUAUGUAAUUGUAUAGUUGAUAUAAUAGACUACAGACUGUAGUCUAUGUAAUUUUACACCUUUUGUAACAUUAUAAAUAUGGAGGUUUUGAAUU